AAUCAUAGUUGGCUUUCAUAUUUUCACCUUUUUCAUAAAUUUUUAUUAAUUCAUUCAACAUUUCUCUAUAUAUUUUUAUUAUUUCCACUUUGGAUUACAACAGUCUCUUAAGCUUCAGUGUAUUUUAUAAGCAUAAAGGAUACUCAAUCCAUUAAGCAAUACAAAUUUCCCCAGUAUAAUUUUAAGAACCGAACAAAUAGAUUUUAAACUGGAUCACUCGCACUCUAUAUUUUAUUAUCUGACAAUUCUUAUCAAAUUUAUCGGUUUACGAGCUUCAGGAUGCGUCGCAACGUCUCAGCUUCGGCAGCGAACUCGAACUCGACGGCGACACGACAACGAAAUCGUCGCCAGAAGGCUGUGAAUGUGAGUUUUACACGCAACUCGAGGAUCUUGUCACGCAUCGACAUUAUGAUCUGGAUCAAUCACACACUGAAGUCGAACAUCCCAAAGAUUGAGGAUCUGUGCACUGGCGCUGCGUAUUGCCAGCUGAUGGACAUACUUUUCCCAGGCACUGUGCGCAUACGUCGCGUUAAAUUCACGUGCAAUCAACCGUUCGAGUACAUCAACAAUUUUCGCAUCCUGCUGCAGAGCUUGAAUAUGGUGGAAGCGAGUUGUCCGGUAGAUGUGCAGCAGUUGGUGAAGGGACGCUUUCAGGAUAACUACGAGUUUGCCAUGUGGUUUCGUCUCUUCUACGAGGCCAAUUUCAAGCAAUUGCCGCCUGACUAUAAUCCGCAUAACAUACGCGAUUCGGUACCAAUUUCCAUUGGACCGUCGCCAAUGUUGUCUCCGCCUGUGGCGACGCUGAUGCCAAAGCGCCGAUCUCUAAGCGUGCCACAGGAGAAGGCAACAACAAUGCCCACAAAGUCAACAACGAUGCAAGUGCAAAAGGAAUCCAAGGAAGAAGAGCCGCCAUUGAUGGAGUCCUCGUCGUCGGUGCAUAUAAUGCGCCGCGCCACCUUCAGUGUAGACACAAGUGGACGACUUCAUCCUAGACUAAUUCGUGACGACAACGGCCGAAUCUUUAAAUUACCCGAAAUCGAGUAGUAGCCAAUUUAGCUUCAUUAGCAAAGAGCAUGCUUACGCACCGCUGAAACUCACCACAAAAAAAUUUGACAAUGUAUAAUGUAAAUUAACCCACUGUAAUCGAUUGUGAUAUUUAGUAAUGUAAGGUAAAAAGACCCA